AUUCUUGACAGGUGGAUGAACUCGUAGAAGUCCAUUAAAUGCGAUACCUGUGCAAGUCAAUCCUUCUAGCUGUGCACACGAUACUGCUCGUGGGCUCUGUUUGUUGCUCCACAGAUGUGCACAAUACAGAUGAUAAAUAUGCACUGAUUCAUGUCAGUGCUCAUGAUGAACAAUCAUUACAUCUUAUCAAGCAACUUCAAUUAAAUGAUUUUAAAUAUGAUCUCGAUUUCUGGAAAUCUCCAUCAUCAAUCUCUGACAAAGCUGAUAUAAUGGUAAAAAGAGGAAAAUCCGAACGAAUGCUUCGACAGAUUUUAUCAUUUGCAAAUGUUACAGUAUCAAUGUCUGUUCCUGAUGUUGAAAAAUUAAUUAUGAGAAAUGAGGGAACAACGUCGAAAUCCCAUCUCGGAUUUGGAUCUCUCUCAAAAUGGCUUCAUGAUGAUCCAAUUCUUGACAGUGAACCUGACCUUGAUUUGACUAAAGUUGGAGCACUAAAAAAAGCAAAGUACCCAUUUGGAGAUUACGCAUCUUAUGCAGAUAUGGUCAAAUAUAUGAGAACCAUUGAGUUUUAUUACCCAAGAAUUGCAAAAAUUGUACGAAUCGGGGCAACUCACGAAGGAAAACCAAUUGAAGGACUCAAGAUUGGGGCACGAUCAUCUCAUAAGAAAAGAGCAGUUUGGGUUGAUGGAAAUAUUCAUGCAAGAGAAUGGGCUAGUAGUCAUACUGCUCUUUAUUUUAUUAAUCAGCUUGUUUCUGAAUAUGGAAAAGAUGCUCAGAUUACAAACUACGUGGAUACACUCGACUUUUACAUUGUACCAUGUCUAAACCCUGAUGGAUACGAAUACACUCGCACUUCUCCGAUUCCAACUGUCCGUCUCUGGAGAAAAAAUCGUUCCCCAGAAUUGUGCCGCCCAUCAUUGUGGGGCGGAGAAAAGUGUUGCCGUGGAGUUGAUUUGAAUCGAAAUUUCCGAUUCCAUUGGGCUGAACGGGGAUCUUCAUACGAGCCAUGCUCCAAUAUCUAUCACGGAGAAGAAGUAUUCAGUGAGCCUGAAACAAGAGCUGUUCGAAACUUUUUGGCGACUCCGGAAAUGAAAGAUCGAGUUGAUGCAUUUGUUACACUUCAUUCAUAUGCACAAUUAUGGAUAUAUCCAUAUAGUCACGAAGAACAAAAUUAUCCAGAAGAUAUUGGAGAAUUGAGAAAAACUGCAAGAAAGGCAAUUAAUAGAUUAUCUCGUGUUUAUGGUACAAAUUAUAGAAUGGGAACUGGAGCGGACACGCUAUCACCUGCUGCUGGAGGAUCCGAUGACUGGGCAAAAUCUGCAUUGAACGUGAAAUAUGUCUACUUGAUUGAACUUCGCCCCCAAAUGGAAUUAUCAAAUGGAUUCAUUCUUCACAAGAAAGAGCUUAUUCCAACUGCUGUUGAGACUUUCGAAGGAUUCAGAGAAGUCGUUGACGCAGUUCUUACACUCAACAAUUCAACGUCAUCAAUUGGAUUAUCUUCCGGAUCGAAUACUUCAAGAAAAACAAUAUCCGAUUUGCAAAUGAGAAAACAACAAUAUCGUAUGAGACUGUUGGCAUCUCAAGCAGCUGGAAGUACUACAAGAAGUACUACAACACUCAAAACUUCCACUACAUCUGUAUCGACAACGAGUGAAGCUACAUCACCAUCCAAGACAAGUCGUCACUUUGAUCGUUUCACAGCUGACCUGAAUUCAUCGACUCGUGCUCGUCCAACUCCUCCAAUGGCUCCGCCAAUAAUGUCACCAUCGACGGAAUUUUCAACUACAACAACUGAAGAAGAAGAUGUGACAGGGGUAAUUCGAUCAUCUUCAAUAGCUUCGAGAGCAACUACAUAUGGAUUCUUCACUGCUACAAAACCAUCAGCAUUUCUGGAUCCCGAAUGCAGAGAUAUGAGAUAUUCGUGUGGAUUUUGGCUGAAAAACAACAAACAAGUGUGUGAGGAGCAACAAUCAUUUAUGCGUGCUCAAUGUGCAUAUACCUGUAAAUUCUGCACGUCGUUCAUCAAACGUCACUGAAAAAUCAAAUUUUUAUUUAUUUAUUUUCAUGUAUUAUCAACCAUUUGUUCUGACUGGCUUCUGAUCUCUAAAUGUUUCGCUUGAAAUUCCACUUCUGUAAAGGUUUUUUCCUAAGUUAUUAUCUUGUUAGUGACCUUCUAGUUUUUUCAAAAUAAAAAUUAUAAAAUGAGAAA